UAGUCUGGAUGUCUAGCUCCUCCCAUUUAUGGCUUUGAUUUUACUUCCUCUCUUCUGUUCUUCCAAACAGGCUGUUUCUUUAACAGAUUUCUAUUUUCUCCACUCCUCUGAUCUCCUCAACCCUGUUCCCCCUUUCUGGCCAAGGAGGCUGGACCAGAUAAGGUCUGCAAGAUGAUCCCCAGUGAGGUGAAGGUGAAUGGAGUUGAGAUGGAUGGGUUGGAUGCAGCUGGAACCUCCAAGCCAGUUCAUGUCAAUGUCCACAUCCACCAGGAGUCAGCUUUGCCUGAGCUUCUCAAUGCUGGGAAAUCCCUGUUCAAAUUCUUUGUUAUGCUUCCUGGCACUCCUGGGCGGAGUUCGAGCGAGAGUCGGCUACAAGUGGCAACCUGGACCUCACAGAUAGUAUUGGGAGCCAUGAGUGGAGCUCUAGGAGUCUUCUUCUCUACGAACCUCUUCUUUGAAUUAAAGAAUUCUGGAGUUGCUUUCUGGACUGGAGCUGUGGCCAUCUCAGCUGGAGUUGUUGCUAUCAUUCAAGAGAAGCGUAAAGGUACAUGGUGGAGCUUCCUGAAAACCCUAUUCUUUCUGGCAACUGUUACUACUUCCAUUGCUUCCAUUGCUAUCUGUGCUGGCGAGGUACGACGUUUAAUCGAUUACUUUAGGCCGCCAUGUAACGGAGAAGAAGUUUGGCCCACUAGGGACUAUGGAACUCCAAAUCCACAGGAAGCCUGGAGGAAAAGCCAGUGCAUGGACUACAUGAUCAUGUUUCAGAGCCUAAGAAAAGGAAUUCUGUUCGUGGGGCUACUAGUUUGGAUCACACUGCUGGUGGUGACUCUGGUCCCUAUAGGGUACACCCUCGUGUACUCAUGCUUCUGUCAUAAGAACAAGGUACCACCUGAAGAGGAUAUAGAAGAGAAGAAACCACUUCAUGGAGAGUUGAGUUGUGCAUCCCCUGUCGAGGUGGCAGGGUCCUGUGAGGCCUGAACCUCAGCUGGGCUAGUUGGUUCUGAAAUAACCUAUUAUUCCUCUUUACACACACAUCUAUCCUGAUGUCACUGCUCAGCUCUUCAGCCCCACUCCGAACAGUAAUAAAGCUCAUCCUGCCUCUUCCCAAGAUUUCUUGGAGUUCCUUGCUCAUCCUCCUUACUUUGGCAAAAAUCUGAUAAUAAAACCAUGACUGCAA